CAAUUUCCCGCCAUUGUGCCUAAGCGCGCGCGGUGCCGUGUGACCAGGCGGGGGGAGCGCGAGGCGGCGGGCCCGGGUCAUAGAGACGCGCGCCCGGGGAGUGGGGUGGGGAUGGUGGGAUAGAGCAUCCCCCCGCCCCGCUCCGCCGGCGGCCGCCCCGAGUCCGUCAGGGCCAUCCCGAGCCCGCCGGGCCCGGACAAAGCGCCGCCGCCUCCCGCCCCGCCCCGCCUGCAGCCCCGCCGCGGAGCCAUGUCGGCUAGCAGCCUCCUGGAGCAGAGACCCAAAGGCCAAAGCAACAAAGGUUUUUCUAAUAUUACACAUGUCUUCUCAGUGCAAAAUGGCUCUGUGCACCAGAAGGAUGGGUUGAAUGAUGAUGACUUUGAGCCCUACCUGAGUCCCCAGGCCCGCCCGAAUAAUGCAUACACUGCAAUGUCUGAUUCCUACUUACCAAGCUACUUCAGUCCCUCCAUUGGAUUCUCCUACUCCUUAGGCGAAGCUGCCUGGUCCACAGGGGGAGACCCCCCCAUGCCCUACCUGACCUCGUAUGGACAGCUGAGCAACGGGGAGCCUCACUUCCUCCCUGAUGCCAUGUUUGGGCAGCCAGGGGCCCUUGGCAGCACUCCAUUCCUCGGGCAGCAUGGCUUUAACUUUUUUCCAAGCGGGAUUGACUUUUCGGCUUGGGGGAAUAACAGUUCUCAGGGACAAUCCACUCAAAGUUCUGGCUACAGCAGCAACUAUGCCUAUGCUCCCAGCUCACUGGGAGGGGCCAUGAUUGAUGGGCAGUCGGCUUUUGCCAGUGAGACCCUGAACAAGGCUCCCGGCAUGAACACCAUCGACCAGGGCAUGGCAGCCCUCAAGCUCGGCAGCACGGACGUGGCAAGCAGUGUCCCAAAAGUCGUUGGCUCAGCCGUGGGGAGCGGAUCUAUCACCAGUAAUAUCGUGACAUCCAACAGUUUGCCUCCGGCAACGAUUGCACCGCCAAAGCCAACCUCAUGGGCUGACAUUGCCAGCAAACCUGCUAAGCAGCAGCCCAAGCUGAAGACCAAGAAUGGCAUUGCAGGGUCGAGUCUUCCGCCACCUCCCAUAAAACAUAACAUGGAUAUCGGAACUUGGGAUAACAAAGGGUCAGUGGCAAAAGUGCCAUCACAGACCUUGGUCCAGAAUCUUGCUCAGCAGCCAGCGCAGGUGUCUCCGCAGCCCAUGGGCCAGCAGAUCAAUAGUAGUCCACCAGUGACCCAGGCUCUGGGUGGGCAGCAGCCGCAGGCGCUGCCACCACCAGCCCCGCUGCCUGUACCAUCAGCACAGCCCACCCGCUGGGUUGCCCCUCGGAAUCGCGGCAAUGGCUUUGCCCAGAAUGGAGUGGACGGUAACGGAAUGGGACAGGCCCAGUCCACUUCUGGUUCUCCUUCAGAGCCACACCCGGUCUUGGAGAAGUUGAGAUCUGUCAACAACUACAACCCCAAGGAUUUUGACUGGAACCCAAAGCAUGGGCGCGUUUUCAUUAUUAAGAGUUACUCUGAGGACGAUAUCCACCGUUCCAUUAAAUACAACAUCUGGUGCAGUACGGAGCACGGCAACAAGAGACUGGAUGCAGCCUAUCGCUCCAUGAAUGGGAAGGGCCCCGUAUAUUUACUGUUCAGUGUCAAUGGUAGUGGUCACUUCUGCGGUGUAGCAGAAAUGAAAUCUGCUGUGGACUAUAACACUUGUGCAGGUGUGUGGUCCCAGGACAAGUGGAAGGGACGUUUUGAUGUCAGGUGGAUUUUUGUGAAGGACGUUCCCAACAGCCAGCUGCGACACAUCCGCCUAGAGAACAACGAGAAUAAACCAGUGACCAACUCCAGAGACACUCAGGAGGUGCCUCUGGAAAAGGCUAAGCAGGUGUUGAAAAUUAUUGCCACCUACAAGCAUACCACCUCCAUCUUUGAUGACUUCUCACACUAUGAGAAACGCCAAGAGGAGGAGGAAAAUGUUAAAAAGGAACGCCAAGGCCGUGUCAAGUAAAAGGCCAUUCCUCUACCACGAUUGCAGCAGAAAUUUCAUCUCAGCUGUCUUUCAGAGAGAAAUGAGCAAGAGUAUCCCAGAGAGAAUUAGGACUUUUUUUCCUUAAUUCCUUUGACUUCAAAAAGACCUAUACAAACUUCCAGUUAAAAAAAAAAAAAAGUAUUGGAAUAUCACAAGACAUAGGACUAAAAAAACAAAAACAGCAAACAACAACAACAAAAAAAUCCCUUCUAGGUAGAGUAGAGGUAAAACCUGUCCCCUUCCUUUCAGCUUUGGUUGUAAGUGUACACUUUGUUUUUUGUCUUUUUACUAUGGUUUUUGGAUUUUCAAGUCCAUAAGUGGCAUAUGCCUUUUUUUUUCUCUAAUUUUUAAAUCCCACUGUUCCUCCUCCUGCCACCCUGUUGCACUCCCUUGCCUGAUUUUGACAUUUGCACUUGGAACACUGAAUCGUAACAUCCACCAUGCAAACUGGAGUGACUUUAUUUUUUUUUCUUUCCCUGGGCUGAAGGAGGAGGAAUUCUAAUGAGAAAGUUGGGGGUUUGGCCUAAGAAGAAUUGAACAGAAAAUUGUCUGCAAGGUUAUGUCUUAAAGGUGGUUCUUUUUUCUCUGACCCUUUGUUACUCACAAGUCAAGUACCAGGAGUCCUAAGAAAUGUUCUGUUCUUGUGCAUUAUAUGGAUUUAAAAAUUAGGUCUGGAUGAAUUUGAUUUUUUGAAAGCUGAGAACAGUGGUAAAAACUUUUAUCAUUUACAGGAAAAUUAAUUUUGGACAAUAAAAAGCCCAAAACAAACCAAGGAAGAAAUACUGUAAAAUGUGUAGUGACAUGUUUCAGUUUCUUGUUAAGCCAAUGAGGAAUGGGCGUUGCCUUUCUUUUCACCGUUAAUCACUUCUCAGUAAUAAAUGUGAGAUCCUGUUGA